AUGGAUGAAUUAGAAAAUGAAUUUGAUAAAAUGAAAAUAAAAUCGGAUGCAGAUGAAGAACAUCAAGAAGGGGAAGAAUCUGGUCAAGAAAAAAUCUCACAAAGGAAAUUGAGAUAUUUAAAAAUGAAAGACAAGAAAGAAGAAAAAAAACGUAAAAAGCAAGGCACGAAAGCUUCAAAUAAUAAAAAUAUUAUAGACAAUAGUAGUCAAAUUAAGAAUAAUGACAUUAAGGAUGAACAUAAAAAUGGUGAAAAUUCACAAGAUGAUGAAAAUACAAAUGAUGCUUCAAAUAAUUUAAAAGAAAAUAAUGGUGAAGUUGGAAACCCCUUGGGAGAAAGUCAUUUGAAAAUGAAGGGGAAAAAAUAUGAACCUUGCAUUGUGGAAUAUUGUAAAGUUUGUGGAAUGCCCUACGAAUAUUGUGAAUAUGGAAAUUCGUUCAAUCAGUGUAAGGAAGAAAAUAAGGAAAAGUACAACUACGACAUUUUAAAGAAUAAUACAGAAACUACCAACAAAAGGCAGACGAAAAAACCCCUCCAAAAUACAACGCAAAAAAUUACAAUACAGAAGACUACAAGAGCACGAAAAAAAGUUGUAACUGUUAUAGUGGGAUUACACACAUAUGUCAAACUAGACAAAAUGGCAAAAAUAUUUUCUCGGUUUUAUGCAUGUGGUGCUUCUGUUAUCAAGGGGUCGUCGAAUAAUGCCCCUGACCAGAUAGACAUACAGGGAGAUGUUGAACAUAACAUUGUCGACAUCAUAAUGAAGAAUUGCCCAGAAAUUCCUGAGGACGUCUUCGUAAUUCUCCCUCCCAAAUAG